AUGAGCUUGAACAUGGGAGCAACCAAGCUGCGACAGACGCUCGAGGAUCCAAAUGGAUUCGUUGUCGCGCCUGGUGUAUACGAUGGCAUGUCUGCGCGAUUAGCACUUGCAGCUGGAUUUGACGCGCUGUACAUGACUGGAGCAGGAACCGCCGCCUCAGUCCACGGGCAAGCAGAUCUCGGAAUCUGCACGCUUAACGACAUGCGCACGAACGCAGAAAUGCUCGCAAACCUAUCCCCCUCCACACCCCUAAUUGCAGACGCAGACACCGGCUACGGCGGUCCCAUAAUGGUAUCCCGAACAACAGAGCAAUACGCCCGCUCAGGCGUAGCAGCUUUCCACAUCGAAGACCAAAUCCAAACCAAGCGCUGCGGCCACCUAUCCGGAAAGCUCCUCGUCGAUACCGAAACAUACAUGACGCGUAUCCGAGCCGCAGUCCAAUCCCGAAAGCGUCUAGGCAGCGACAUAGUGAUAAUCGCACGCACAGACGCGCUCCAAGGAUACGGAUACGAAGAGAGUCUCUCUCGACUUCGAGCCGCUAAAGAAGCAGGUGCAGACAUGGGAUUUUUAGAAGGGAUUUCCUCGCGGGAUAUGGCUUCAAGGGUGGUUAGAGAUCUUGCGCCGUGGCCCUUGGUGCUUAACAUGGUUGAGCAUGGGAGUACGCCGAGUAUUUCUGCGAAAGAGGCGAGGGAGAUUGGGUUUCGAAUGAUUAUUUUUCCUUUUGCUACUAUUGGGCCGGCGCUUGUUGCUAUGCGGGAGGGGUUGGAGAAGUUGAAGCGUGAUGGGUUGCCUGGGUUGGGGGAGGAGUUGACGCCUCAGAUGCUGUUUCGGGUUUGUGGAUUGGAUGAGAGUGUUAAAUUGGAUGCGGAGGCUGGGGGAGGUUCGUUCGAGGGAGGAGUUGAUUUGCGGAAGAGUUGA